CUCUCUUUCUCUCUCUCUCAUUUCGUUUGGCUUCAUACAAUCCAACAGAAUUCUCUUUCGCGAGCGUUGAGGCUUAUUAAAGAGAGCCUUUCGUGUUCCCCAAAUUCCAAGACCUCGCUGAUAAAAAAGCUCGUCCACAUUCAUGGCCGAAAACUCUAUUUAAGCACCUUGUCCAAAUCUCCCACUCUUCAUCGCUCUCUAUUUCAUCGCCAACUUGCUUCCACCACAAUCACCACAAUCACCACCGUCUCAGCCAAACAGUCCCUCAAAAACCCUAGAAAAUGUCGGGCGGCUUCUUCCGGGGCACGUCGGCUGACCAAGACACUCGGUUCUCGAACAAGCAAGCGAAGCUGUUGAAAUCGCAGAAGUUCGCUCCUGAAUUGGAGCAUGUGGUGGACAUGAAGAAGGUGAAUAUGGAUGUUAUCAGACCGUGGGUUGCGCAUAGGGUGACAGAACUUAUUGGGUUCGAAGACGAAGUUCUAAUUAACUUCAUUUAUAGUCUUUUGGAAGAAAAGGAAGUGAAUGGAAAGACGGUUCAAAUACAACUUACUGGAUUCAUGGAGAAAAAUACUGUGAAGUUUAUGAAAGAGCUUUGGGCACUUCUUCUCAGUGCGCAGAAUACUGCUAGUGGUGUUCCUCAACAGUUUUUGGAUGCCAAAGAAGAGGAAAUUAAGAAGAAGAAGGCGGAGGCAGAUAGGAUGGCAAAUGAGAUUGAGAAGAAGAAAGAGAAGGAAAGUAGAGAACUUGAGCAAGAGAGAUCAAAGAAAAUGGACGGCGUGGUUGAAACGAGGGCAACUAACACUGCUUUGGAGCCAAACCUAAAGCAUAGAGCUUCGAGUGACUAUCCUGAGGAUGGGAAAGAAGCUGAAAAGAGGAACAACGGUGUGAGAGGAAGGCACAGGGUUUCUAGAUCUCCCCAUUCUGCCAAACGUUCCCCCUCACCCCCUCGAGGAUCUCCAUCUAGGUCAAUCAGCAGAUCGCAUUCUAAUCCCAGAAGUUAUUCUGAUGACAGACACAAGUCAAGGAGUGUAUCUAGAUCACCUGAAGCUCGAGGGCGCUCUAUUUCUUCAGAAAGGGUGUAUCGCUCCCCACGAAGACGAUCUGUGACCCCUCGUCGGAGGCAUUCACCUAUGCAUUCUCUCUCUCCAAGACGGAGAUCAACUUAUUCUAGGCGAAGAUCUAGAUCUAGAUCGCGAUCACAAUCACAUCGUAGAUCACCCUCUCCAGUGAGGCGAAGAUUGCGUUCGCCUUUUCGUCGUAGGUCACCUUUCCCAGUGAGGCACCGCAGGUCACCUUCUCCUCCACGACGUCGUAGGUCACCUUCUCCAAUCCGACGUCGUAGGUCACCUUCCCCUAUCCGGCGGCGUAGAUCACCUUCUCCUAUCCGACGUCGUAGGUCACCUUCCCCUAUCCGGCGGCGUAGAUCACCUUCCCCUAUGCGGCGACGAAGGUCACCUUCGCCUAUGCAACGACGUAGAACACCAUCACCUGUUCGACGUAGAUCCUCUUCACUUGUGCGGCGAAGAGCAUACUCACCUAUUAGACACAGAUCACCCUUACCUAAUCGUAGCAGAUCGUCCUCUCCCAUGCAAAGAUCACCUUCUCCUGUACGAAGGCGUUAUCGAAGAUCUCCAACUCCACCACACGACUCUCCAUCACCUGUGCGGCGUAGGCCACCUACUCUUGGACGUAGGCGAUCAAGUUCUCCAUCCCCUUCAGCCAUCUCCAUUCCAUCUCCAUCUCCAUCUCCAUCUCCAACCACGACUAAGUACCAUAGGAGCCCUGUGCGAUCUCCGAAAGAAAGAAUCAGGAUGAAUGAAAAAUUGUCUUUCGCACAGAAAUCUCCUAGUUCUCUGAGGUCACCACAAAGAGAUUCUAGGGAUCGGAGUGAUACACGCAAAAGAGUGCCCGUUUCAUUGUCUUCACCUGGGAAGUCUCCAACUCUCUCAGAAUCUCCACCACGGGCAAGAAAAAGGGUUUCUAGUGAAGAUAGGAGUCCAUAUCAGAGUCCUGUGAGGCAAACAGGGAAUCAAAUGACCCGUGAUGCCAGCUUCAGUCCUGCAGGGAAACCUCAUCAUGGUAGUAUAGAAAGUAGUGAAGAGGCAGGCGAACCUAAUUAUGUCAGGGAUGAUAUGAACAAUAAAUCCAAGUCUUCACAGAAAAGGUCCAUCCAUUCAUCUUCGGUCAACAAGCAGAAAGAUUCACCUAUGAAGGUUCAUUACAAGGAAGGGCGCUCUCCUGAAAGAUUAGCAGAUCGUCGGGCUACUGAAUCCCAGACUCGUUCUGAUAAAAUGGAAUUGAGAAAGAAAGAAGAGGAGAAAAAAAGGAGUGGGUUUCCUCCUGAAUCUCCUGGGAAACAGAAGUCACCAACAUCAUAUAAGGACUCUUUGCUAGGUGAUAGGCAGCAUCUGUCAUACACUGGAGAAGGUAAAAUAUCUGAUGAGAAGAUCCGCUCUCGUUCGAAGAAUGUUGAUAGCAAUAGGCGUCCUUCAGAAACUGCACUAGAUUCGGUUGGAAAAGUUGAUUAUAAUAAACAUACGGCUUCAACAGAUUCUGGUUCUGAGGAAAGUGAUAAGCACAGAACCGAAGAGAAGAAAAGGAGAAAGCAUAAAAGAUCUGAGAGGAAAGAGUUGGCUUCAGAUGAUGAUUACAGUUAUGAUUCUGAACUAGAUGAUAGGAAGGAGGCUAAGAGGAGGAGGAAGGAAGAGAAAAAACUGCGGAAGGAGGAAAAACGUCGAAGGCGUGAGGAACGGCGUAGGAGAAAGGAAGAACGGCGUGCAGAGAAGCUGAAAAUGAAGAAUAGGGAUGGUUCUUAUGCUUCUGAUGGUGAACAUACUGCAAGGAGAGAGUCUAAUCCAAGUGAUGAUGAAGACAUGCAAUCAGAGCAGAAAAGGCUUGAGAUUGAGUUACGAAAGAAGGCUCUUGAAUCACUUAAAGCAAAGAAGGGCAUCAGUCACUGAUAUUGUUGCUGCCUUGGAACACUAAGCUGUUCUGUUUCUUAAAGCAUUUUUGUUUUCUAGAUUCCUGUUGAGCAGUAUCUAGUUAAGUUUGCUAGGAAAUUUAUGUUUUAAAUGGAAGUGUGUUUUAUAUUGGUUACUGUUUGAUGUAUUCUAUGUUUACUGCUGGCAGCUGAAAUGGAUAAAUGAGGAUUUCAUGAGCUAUUCUCUUGAGUGCAACUUUAUGCAGAACAUGCUGCUAGAUUUUCUGAUGAAAAUAAUGUCAACAGAUGAUUUGGUUGAGCAGAACAUGUGCAGAUCCACAUUCUGAACAUCAAUUCAGCUUGUGAGUUGCUCCUUGGGCCUUGUUUUCUGAAUUUCUUCAUGGUGCUAUAGAUCUUGGAAUCAUCCUGUCCUGAUCUUGAUAUCAGCUAUAAAGUUUAUGGAGAUGGCAUUGUGCAUGUAUAUAUGAUGAAUAGUUCUGUAUGAGAAUAUACGACCAUAUUUUUAUGAGCAGUUGUUUUCAGGCUUCCCUGGCCUGUCUUUUUCAUUUUAAUCCAGAUAGGUAAAGCUUGGGUACUU